AUGAUCCAGUCCAUGUUCAUUCUGACCACCACAGGUGAGGUGAUCAUUGAAAAGCAUUGGCGCGGCCUCACGAGUCGUAAUGUCUGCGACUUCUUCAUGGAGGAGGUCAACAAGUACCGCGAGCGAGAGGACGUGCCGCCCAUUAUCACGACAAGCAAGUACUACUUGGUCAGCACUUUCCGAGAUGAUCUGUUUGUGCUUGCAGUCGUCACCAAUGAGAUCUCCCCCCUCUUUGUGAUCGAGUUCUUGCAGCGCGUCCUUGCAGUCUUCCGUGACUACUUUGGCAACUUUGACGAGAACUCGAUCAAGGACAAUUUCUCUACGGUCUACCAGUUACUGGAGGAGAUGCUGGAUAAUGGCUAUCCACUGACGACCGAGCCGAAUGCACUCAAAGCAAUGGUGGCCCCACCCUCUACAGUCAACCGAAUUGCUUCGAUGGUGUCGGGAAAGUCGCGCGUGAGCAAUACGCUGCCUGACGGUGCGAUUUCCAAUAUUCCGUGGCGGAAAAGUGGCGUGCGGUACACACAGAACGAAAUCUACUUCGACAUCGUCGAGGAGAUUGAUGCGAUUAUCGACGUUUCUGGACGCAUGAUUUCGUGCGAGGUGAACGGAUUGAUUCAGAGCAACAGCCGUCUUUCGGGUGUCCCGGACCUCACCAUGGUGUUCACGGACCCUUCUGUAAUUGAUGACUGCUCGUUCCAUCCUUGUGUGCGGUACUCGAGGUACGAGCGUGAGCGCGUGAUUUCGUUCGUUCCGCCUGAUGGACAGUUCGAGCUCAUGCAGUACCGUGUGCAAGUAAACGAUCUCGUACCACCACUGUACUGUCAGCCGCAGAUUACGUACAAUGACAAGGGUGGGGGCACUCUGGAUUUGGUGAUCGGCACCCGUGGCAUGCCUACAUUAAACUCGAACUCAAGAAGGAAUUUGCAGGUAGAAGAUGUGACUGUGCAAGUGAGUUUUCCAAAGAGCGUGCGUACUGUGGAUGUGAACACAGAGUCCGGCACCUGUUUGUUUGAUGAACCGUCCAAGACCGUCAAGUGGAAUGUUGGCAAGCUAGGCAAGAAGGUAUUGAAUCCAUCACUUCGUGGCAACAUCGUUCUUCAUCAAAGCGCUGCAGUGCCAGAUGAGAAGCCUGUCGUGCUCCUAGGCUUCAAAGUGCCCAUGUCUACUGUUUCUGGGCUGAACGUCGAAACCUUGCUGAUCACCAACGAAAAGUACAAGCCGUACAAGGGUGUGCGGACGAUGACUAAGGCUGGCCGCUUCCAGAUUCGGACAUAG